AUGGACCUGCGGAUCUCCUGGAGAGUGGAAUCCGUGGGAGCUAGAACUGCACACCAUGGUGCUAGCAUGCAGAAGCUGGGCAAAGGAAAAAGGAAACAUUCUGCUGGAGAGGAGUCUUACCCCUCUUCAUCACCAAUAUGGUUUGUAGAAUCAGAUGACCCCAACCUGACUUCAGUCUUGGAGCGUUUAGAAGAUAUUAAGAAGAGCAAUACUCUGCUUCUUCAACAGCUGAAGCGAUUAAUAUGUGACCUCUGCAGAUUAUAUAAUCUUCCUCAGCAUCCAGAUGUUGAAAUGUUAGAUCAGCCAUUGCCAGCUGGACAGAAUGGAACAACAGAAGAAGUUACCUCAGAAGAGGAGGAAGAAGAAGAUAUGGGUGAAGACAUUGAAGAUCUGGAUCACUAUGAUAUGAAGGAAGAAGAACCAGUUGAUGGGAAGAAAUCUGAGGAUGAAGGCAUUGAAAAGGAGAACCUUGAAAUCUUAGAAAAAAUCAGAAAAAAUCAAAGGCAAGAUCACUUAAAUGGUGCAGUCUCUGGGUCCGUUCAGGCUUCAGAUCGACUUAUGAAAGAACUCAGGGAUAUAUAUAGAUCACAGAGUUAUAAAACAGGGAUUUAUUCAGUGGAACUGGUAAAUGACAGCUUGUAUGAGUGGCAUGUUAAGCUUUUAAAGGUUGAUCCUGACAGCCCAUUGCAUAGCGAUCUUCAGGUCUUAAAAGAAAAAGAAGGUGUAGAAUACAUCUUACUCAACUUCUCUUUUAAGGAUAACUUCCCUUUUGAUCCUCCCUUUGUGCGAGUGGUAUCUCCUGUGCUCACAGGAGGGUAUGUUCUAGGUGGAGGUGCAUUAUGUAUGGAACUUCUUACCAAACAGGGCUGGAGCAGUGCCUAUUCAAUAGAGUCAGUCAUCAUGCAGAUCAACGCCACUUUAGUCAAAGGAAAAGCCAGAGUACAGUUUGGAGCCAACAAGAAUCAAUAUAAUCUAGCAAGAGCACAGCAGUCCUAUAAGUCACUAGUACAAAUACAUGAGAAAAAUGGCUGGUACACUCCUCCAAAGGAAGAUGGUUAAUACCGAGGACUGUCGUAUACCUGGACCAACAUCAACAAAGCGAGCUAUUUUUUAUGUUUUCCAACACACACAGACUCAAGCUAUGAGUGCCCCUAUAACAGCUGUACUGAAGACUUUAGCUCUUAGAUAAGUUAGUGGAUAAUCUGUCAACUGACACUUAAAGUAUAAGUUACAGCCUUACCAUUCCGCUCUUCUUAGAUAUCUCGGACUGAGCAGUUUUGGCCUUUACUGCAUUUGUUCUUAUGGAUUAAGCAUAUUUGGGUCAACCCUUCCCUUCCCCCCUUUUUUAUUUAAAAGUGUAAACUCCCUAAAGCAAGCUAUCGAGUUACUAAGGAUCAUUAAAUAGGAGUUGUUCACACACUUUUGUGUAUUUCUUACCUUUUGCAGGAUGCAGACUGCAGAGACUUGCAUUGUAUCGUUUCAUUUAAAGCCAAGAAGUUUAAUACAUUGUUUAAUACUAUUUUAGGAAAUGUCAGGUCUUGCAAAUCACGGUAGUUUUUCUGGUCUAAAAUGACAGCAUUUGUAGUAUUUCCAAAUUAAUGAUAUAGGAAAAACACGUGUAUGUUAAGUCAUUAAACAUUUUUUCAUGGCUGU